AUGACGUAUGUUCUUAUCCGACAACAAACUACUUCUAAAUGAAUGCACUGAAAAAUAUACUUAUUUAAUCUAUAAUCGGAUUAUAAACGGGUUAAACUGAACGUCCAGCGGGAAGGUGAUGGCGGACCCUGCGGUGUCCUCGGGAAGCUCCGGGCGUGGCAGUAGUAAAUCAAGCUCUAGUCCUUCAGAGAACUACUGCCUGGCUCGACGUCGCACCCUGCAGGUGGCUGUGAGUGCACUGCUCACAGAAAGUGGCUUUGAGAGUGCGGAAAAGGCAGCAGUCGAGACGCUCACGGAGAUGAUGCAGAGCUACAUAACUGAAAUUGGGCGGUGUGCUAAAGCUUAUUGUGAACAUACAGCCAGGAGUGUCCCCACUUUAUCAGAUGCUGUGGUCACUCUCAUAGAAAUGGGUUUGAAUGUGGAUACUUUACCUGUUUAUGCCAAAAGGUCCCAGAGAAUGGUGAUAACUGCACCUCCUGUGACCAACCCUCCGGUAACACCCAAAGCCCUCACAGCCGGACAGAAGCGCACUCAUCCCGCUCACAUUCCGAGCCACUUCCCAGACUUCCCCGAUCCCCACACCUACAUCAAAACUCCUACCUUUCGGGAGCCCGUGUCCGAUUACCAGGUGGUCCGAGAGAAGGCUGCCACCCAAAGGAGAGACGUGGAACGCGCGCUGACAAGGUUUAUGGCCAAAACCGGAGAAACUGAGACUCUGUUCAAAGAUGACGUCACCACCUUUCCCUUAAUCGCAGCAAAGCCCAGUGCGAUCCCAUACCUCAGCGCCCUCUUGCCUUCAGAGCUGGAACUGCAGAGUCUAGAAGAGACGGAUUCCUCUGAACAGGAUGACCAGACGGACAGCGAGAACGUCACUGGACACAAUAUCACUGAUGAUCCCAGUGCGGACAAAGAGAAUUCCCUCCUCCCUCCCAGCGGCGUUGUUCCAUCCUCAAAAUCCAGCGAGGAAAACAUGAUCGACAAUCCAUAUCUCCGCCCGGUCAAGAAGCCCAAAGUCCGGAGAAAGAAAUGAGAAACUAUGUACUACUACGAUACACGGACUUUAGAUGUUUAUACAGUGGUACAUUUAGCUGACACAAAGCUCAACGGUGCCCCCUACCUGUUUUAGAAGGUAGAAUUCCAAAUGAAGGUGCAUUAAGUAACUUUUCUGGUGGGCUGAAACACCUUCAGUUGAAAAUACCUUGUUAUUUGUUUAGUAAUUUCAAC